UGGAGAACAAGCCUUGAUUGUCGCGAGAGAAUCCAGGCCCGAUCACGCAACGUUGACGAAGGGGUCUUUUUUCUUUCUUUUCGUUUAUUCAAGCUUUCCCGGCGUCGGAGUCAAGUGCCGCCUUGCAUACCGGAUCUUCCGGAUGAGCACUGCAGCUCACUUAGUCACUCUUGUCUUUUGACUACGACAUAUUCUCUAGUCGCAACGGUACAUUCGCACGUUACGCUCUGAAAAACCCUGGGAAUAACAUGCGGAUAAGAAAUCAUGCCCGUCGCUCAAAGUUUCAUGAUGCAGGACAAACACACAGGGUUCAACCCGUUUUUCCCGGAUGUGCAUGGCACCAGGCGGUAAGAGAGGUUUUCACCACCUAGUUCCACGCCGGUUCAUUUAGGCCCAAAAAAACCAUCCGACGUCAUGACAGGCGAUCCCUCCAUCCCAGGUUACAAGUAAUCUAUUUCACCACGAGAGACUUUUUUCCCCCCAACAAAAGCCGAGGAACGAAUGGCUAAUGGCUGCCAAAGUGAGACCACGUUCCCGCCGCUAGGGCCGUCAACAUAGGCAUUCCGCGUUUGAUCGGUUGACGGGGCGGCCAACAUACUUCAGCCGCCCGAUGUCCGGAGAGCUGAAAAGGCUGACGUCCUGUCAUCUUCCCUUCCGUCCCAUCUCACCUCAUCUCAUCUUAUCUCAACUUUGCGAUUACAUACGUCAGACAACACAUUGCUAUCAAGUCACCAUUCAUCUUUCAAAUCGUAGAGAUCUAUCUCACGCGAGUGAAGGAGGCCAGUAAUCAAGAAAGCGCAAACCGAUACGGGUACAGUGGCCGGAUAGCUUGAGCUACACACCACACAUGUCCGCUGCGGAAGCAACCUCAUAAUGUCAUCCACAACCGCCAUCCUCACAUCUUCACAACCGACAAUGACCUCGCCACAUCCCCCACCCCCGCAAAGCUGUCAUCCCUUCAUGACACUCCCCCUGGAACUCCGCCUCCUCAUCUGGGAAACCUUCAGCUCGCAACCCCGCGUCUUCGAAUACCGAGAAGACACCCACCUCAUCAAGCCGCCCCGCGAGUACCGCCACCCCCGUGCCGCGGCCCUCAUCACAAACGCAGAAUCGCGAAAAGCCACCCGCGCCCUCCUCCGGCCCUUCCCGCACCCGUACGACGUCCAAAAGGAUUCCCGCCCGUCGCAGCCACCAGCCCUGGAAUUCGUGCCCUCCUCGGAUAUCAUCUACCUCCCACCGCUCGUCUACCGCACGCGGCUCGGCGCGUGGGACUCACUCUGGACCACGAAGCCGGGGAUCGAGAAUGUGGGGAUCCACUGGUCUGUUCUCCUCGACGAGCGGCGUAUCGCGGAGGCGUUGCGGGCUUGUUCGCGGUGUUUUACCGAUAUGAUGAGGUUGUCCGUCUUUAUCGAGUUCAAGCCGCUUCCGCAGCCGGAGGAAGAAGUCGGUAACGGCGGGAUCGUGAGGUUAUUGGGUCCUGCGGAGGAUGAGUACCGCUUGCCGAGUUUGUAUGCCGAGGCGCAUGGGUUGAUGGAUGAGUUUUGGACGUGGGGGGAGUUGAGGACGGCGCUUGGGAAGGUGAGGAGGGCGAUGAAGUGGACGCCUGAGGUUGAGGGGGUGUUGUAUACUAGGGAGAUGGAGGAGGCAUCUGCAUUCUGAGAUGGGAUGGGAUUAGUAUUUCGAUGGCUUUUGUCUCAUCUGAGCUGGUCGUUUCGAUGAGGAUAUCGGGCUGAUGCGAGGCAUGCCCUGACAGAGGGUGUAAUAUUUUGGGCAUUUAUCAGGGAUCAAGUUCAGGGUACAGCGUCAUGAUCGAGCGAGGGAUUCACAGCAUUUCAGCGGGCUUGGGAGAUUUUAUGACAGGUCUGAUACGAACCUGCUAGCUACUAUUGAAUGAGAACUCAAAUCAUUUUGAGCGUAUUUGGAGA